AUGAGACGGCGAUCGGAAGUAAAAACAGGGUUCCACCAGAUUAUUCACAUGGUGGUAUUCACAUGGUGGGCUCCAUGCAGCGGUGCUACUACUACUACGCCACUUAAUACAUGGAUGUAUUCGGAGGAAAGAACUCGAACAGGAAUGGUGAAGUACAUUGCCGGAUCUGAGUUGCCACUAGCACAAACGGACAACCAACAUUUCGUUAUAUUUGUCAAAGAAUGUCUUCAACCGAGGUACGCUGGGGUAAGUCGAAAUACUCUUCGUUCUGAUACAAUAGAAUAUUUUUUAAAUGCAAAGAAAACAUUGAUUGCCGAUUUAGAAAAAUAUGGGGGUGUAAUAUCUUUAACUUCGGAUUUAUGGGAAGGAAUUAAUAAAAGAGGUUAUAUGGCUGCAACUGCAAAUGCAUAA